AUGAUGGAAAUGCUACGUAAGCUGCUGCUGCUGCUGCUGCUGCUGUUGCUGCUGUUGCUGUUGCUGCUGCUGCUGUUGCUGCUGCUGUUGCUGUUGCUGUUGCUGCUGCUGCUGUUGGUGCUGCUGCUCUUGCUGCUGCUGGUGUUAUUACAGCUGAGCUGCUUCUUGAUUUGCUGCUGCCGCCGCUGCGUUGCUGUCGUUUGCUGCUGCAGCAGCAGCAGCAGCAGCAGAUAUCCCGCCUGGUGGGGGGAUGGUGAUGAGCUGCAAGAGGAGCAGCAGCAGCAGCAGCAGCAGCAGCAGCAGCAGUUUGACUGCACUCUGUUGCCGCUAUCGCUGCAGCAAGGACAGCAGCAACUGCAGCAGCAGACGCAGCAAAACAACCAGCAGCAGCAGCAGCAGCAGCAGCAGCAACAGCAGCAGGAGCAGCAGGAGGAGGCGGAGCUAGCACAACAGAUGGAAUCGCUGCAGCAGCAGCAGCGGCAGCUGGAGCAGCAGAAGAAGAGACUCGAGCAGCAAAUUCGUCAGCAGCAGCAGCAGCUUGCAGUGUCUACCCUGCAGGAGCAGCCGCAGCAGCAGCAGCGUCGGCAGCAACAGCAACAGCAGCAGCAGCAGCAGCAGCAGCUGCAGCUGCAACUGCAGCAGCAGCACCGGGCCCCUUUGGAUGAUGAAGAGGCGGAUGCUUUAGUGCGGCGUCUGCUGCAGCAGCUAAAACCAAAGCAGCAGCAGCAGCAACAGCAGCAGCAGCAGCAGCAGCAGCAGCAGCAGCGGUUGCUGCGUCAGCGCAACCUGCAGCAGGGAACAGCAGCAGCAGCAAAACGAAAUGUUUCGGGUUUCUUUGCGGAUAGACAAUCAUCAGAGCAGCUGUUUUUGUCUUCGUUGCGGCCAGACAAUCAAUAUAUUCCUGCUGCUGCUGCUGCUGCUGCUGCUGCUGCUGCUCGUUCUACUGCAGCAGCUGCUGCUGCUGGCAACAGGAGACAUAUGCGGACUCUCGGCGGCUACAACAGCAGCAGCAACAGCAGACUGCAACAGUUUGCUGCUGCUGCUGCUGCUGCUGCUGCUGCUGACAGCAGCAGCAGCAACAAUGUACAGAAAGCUCUCACAAGGACGCAGGGGCUGCUGCUGCGGCAGCAGAUGAAGCAGCAGCUAAUGUUAGAGCGGCAGCUGAUGAAGCAGCAGCAGCAAGAACAGCUGCAGCAGCAGCAGCUGCAGCAGCAACAGCUGCAGCAACAACUUCUCGUGCUGCAACAGCAGCUGCAGCAACAGCAGCAGCAACAGCAGCUGCAGCAGCAGCAACAGCAGCUGCAGCAGCAGCAUGCGGGCAUUCCCCCUGCUGUACAGGCGCAGCUGCAGCAACAGCAGCGACGGCAUCAGCAGCUGCAGCAGCAGCAGCAGCAAACAGAGAAGAUGAAGCAGCACCAGCAAUAUCUGCAGCAGCAGUUUGAGGACGCAUUGCUACAAGAAGGGCCCACAGAUGACAGCAGCAGCAGCAGCAGCAGCAGCAGCAGCAGUAGCAGCAGCAGCAGCAGCAGCGCAGUGCCCUCCCUUCUAAUGCCGUCAGAACACCGACCCCCACGUACGGACGCCAGCAGCAGCAGCAGCAGCAGCAGCAGCAGCAGCAGCAGCAGCAGCAGCAGCAGCAGCAGCAGCUACUCUGCUGAGGUGCCGCUCAGCGGUGCACGGCAGACGGAGCGCCCUGAUGUUGCAGCAGCAGCAGCAGCUGCUGCAGCAGCAGCAGCAGCAGCAGCAGCAGCAGACUUCGUUAACUCCCCCACUCGAUCUGUCGAUGCACCUGAAGCAGAAUUUUUCUCCCGCCAUACAUCACCAGCAGCAACAUCAUCUCCUGCAACAGCAACAACAGCAGCAGCAGCAGCAGCAGAAGCAGCAGCAGCAGAAGCAGCAGCAGCAGCAGCAGCAAACUGCAGCGACUCUGAAGCAGCAGCAUCCUCUUUAGGGGGCCGCUUGUCUUUCUCUGUGUCUCCUGAUAGGCGUACACCAACGGCGUGGCAGCAGCAGCAGCAGCAGCAGCAGCAGCAACAGCAGCAGCAGCAGCAGCAGCAGCGUGUGACUGCUGACGAUUUGAUUGCGCAGUUCACUAUAGGGAGGCCGGAGAAGGAGCUGCAGCAGCAGCAGCAAGAUGCAGCAGCAGCAGCAGCAGCAGCAGGAGAGGAACUGACAUCAGCAAUGCUUGACGGCAUGCUGAAGCGUUUUGGUGUAUCUCGCAGCAGCAGCAGCAGCAACAGCAACAGCAGCAGCAGCAGCAGCAGCAGCAGCAGCUCGCUGCUGGAGCAGCAGCAAACAAACGUUACUGCUCUUUCUCAGCAGCAGCAACAGCAGCAACAGCAACAGCACAUGCACAGACAUCCUCAUCCAGGAGACACUUUGCUUCUGCUGCUGCUGCUGAUGCAGCAGCAGCAGCAGCAGCAGCAGGCAGCAGCAGCAGCAGCAGCAGCAGCAACGCCCCUUGACAGCAGCAGCAGCAACACACCAGACACAGCUAGCGAGGUCAGCACAGCAGCAAUACUAGCAGGCAGCGAAAGAGAAAUACAUAGAGCUCUCAUGCAGCAGGAGCAGCAGCAGCAGCAGCAGCAGCAGCAGCAGCAACAGCAGCAGCAGAGACACCCGCGUGCAUGCGCGUUCGAAAUCCCCUUGGACUAA